UGGCAGUUAGAUAGGGAAAACCAAAGAUCAUUACAUAUCUACAGAGCAAAGCAGUCCAAAUACCUGAGAGGUCAGGUAUUCAUGACUGUUAGGAAAUGCAGUGUGUACUGAAGGAGCCAUGUGGAUCUACCUGGUGGCACUUGUGUGCCUGUGGACUAUUUUUCGCUUGUUGAGGGAGAGGCAGGUGGUGGACCAUCUCCAUGACAAGUAUGUCUUCAUCACAGGAUGCGGCUCUGGCUUUGGGAACCUGCUGGCCAGACAACUGGACAGGAGAGGAAUGAGGGUAUUGGCUGCCUGUCGGAAGGAGGAAGCAGCCGAGCGGCUGAGGAGUGAGACAUCAGACAGGUUGGAGACAGUGAUCCUUGAUGUCAGCAACACAGAGAGUAUUGUGGCAGCCACUCAGUGGGUGAAGGAGCGUGUUGGGAACAGAGGACUCUGGGGCCUGGUCAACAAUGCUGGCAUCUCCACCCCAUGGGGUCCUAAUGAGUGGAUGAACAAACAGGACUUUGAAACUGUACUGGAUGUGAACCUGUGGGGCAUGAUCGAGGUGACACUGAGCUUGCUGCCCUUAGUGAGGAAGGCGAGGGGCCGCGUGGUCAAUGUCUCCAGCAUCGUGGGUCGACUGUCCUUUGGUGGUGGUGGUUACUCCAUCUCCAAGCAUGGAAUAGAGGCCUUCUCAGAUUCUCUCAGGAGGGAACUUUCCUACUUUGGGGUGAAGGUGGCUAUUAUAGAGCCUGGACUCUUCAAGACUGGAAUGACUAGUAAUGCCAGAAUUUCAUCAAACUUCCAGAUGCUGUGGGAGCAGACCAGCUCAGAAAUCAGGGAGAUCUAUGGCGAGAAAUACUUGGCAUCCAGUCUGAAAAUGGUAAAGAAAAUGGAGCAGAGGUGCAAGAAGGACCUGUCUUUGGUGACUGACUGCAUGGAGCAUGCUCUGACUGCCUGUCACCCUCGCACCCGAUACUCAGCUGGAUGGGAUGCCAAGCUCUUCUACCUCCCCUUGAGCUACCUGCCCACCUCCCUUGUGGAUGCCUUUUUCUACUUGACUUCUCCAAAGCCUGAGAAUGCCCUGUGAAGUCUAGAUACUUUUGUGUAGUUGGGUCAGUAGAAGUACAUUGUGAGGGCAUAGAGUGUCAGGACAAGGAAGAUUCCUGGGCUCAGCACACACGUGAUGUGUAUAGUUGUCUGGCUUUUCUUUCCACACCAUAAACAUCAUGGAUUUGGGACCACGGGAAACUGCUGUGCUUAAACAAUCAUUACCAUUGUUGCUGAAGUACAAAAUGAUCUUCCUUGUCUUGGGUUUAUCCAUUUUACUCAUGA